AUGGCUUUGUCAAUGUCGCAGAAAUUGACUCUAGGUUAUGCGAUUCUCGUCGGAGCGGGUGGUGUAAUGGGCUAUCUGAAGAGUGGUAGCCAGAAGUCACUUUUAGCUGGGGGUUUGUCUUCUGCACUGCUGUUUUAUGUUUUCACCGAGCUACCCGGAAGACCUGUUCUUGCAUCAUCUGUGGGCCUUGGUAUAUCUGCUGCACUUCUUGCGGUGAUGGGUUCUCGUUUCAAGAAAUCAGGGAAGGUCUUUCCAGCAGGUGUUGUGUCCCUUGUGUCAUUCAUAAUGACUGGUGGUUACUUGCAUGGAAUUAUGCGUAGUACACACUAG